UAUAAGUUUGAUGACAACAAAAUAGUCCUAAUUACGCUUGUGUUGUCUCAUUAAUCAAAACAACUUCUGCGUGAUUAAUUUCUCUUAACAGCGUGCUUCUCCAUUAAUGAAACCAAACCCAUUUGCGAAGCUAAUCUUCAACCUCCCGCCAAAAUCCAGUUUCACCUCAACUCAAAGCAGUUGGCAAAAUCUCAAAGAAUCUCUUGCCAAUUCAAUCUCGACCCACUGCAGAUCCCCUAACACCCUCCUUUGCCUCCAUGCUCAAUCAAUCUCCUCUGGCCUCCAUCAAAAUCUCUACAUCUGCAGCCAUCUCAUCACCAAAUACUUCCAUUUUCAAGACAUCGAGAGUGCCCGAAAAGUUUUUAGUUAUCUAAGAGGCAGCGGCAGGCCACUCGAGAAGACCCUCGUUUGGAAUUCUCUUAUUAAGGGUUAUUUGAGAAACGGGCUUCCAAGAUUUGCCCUUGAAGUGUUUAAUGAAAUGCUUGAACCUUCGUCUGGGUGCUACCCGGACAAGCAAACAUUUUAUCUUGUGAUAGCGGCGUGCACCCAUUUGUUCGAAUUUGAAUUGGGUUUUGCAGUUGAGGAGCGUGUUAAGAAUAAAGGAUUGCAAUGUGAUGUUGUUAUUGCGACAGGGUUGAUUGGUUUGUAUUCCAAGUGUGGGGAUGUUGAGAAUGCGCGGAGAGUGUUUGAUGAAAUGCCUGUUAGAGAUGUGGUUGCUUGGAACGCGAUGAUAUCGGGCUAUUCACUAGCUGGGUGUAUUUCUGAUGCUAUAAAGUUGUAUGAGAAAAUGAGGGGUGCUGACGGAAUAUUUCCUACGGAGGCUACACUGGUGAGUUUGAUCUCUGGUUGUGGGGAUUUGGGUUUGCUUCGUAAUGGGAAAAUCUUCCAUGCUCAUACGACGGAAAUAGGUUUUGAAGCCAAUACGAAUGUCUUGAACUCUCUGAUGGCAAUGUAUACUUCUUGUGGUUGCUUGGAUGAUGCAGAUAAAUUGUUCGAUGGGAUGAUUUUAAGGGAUGCAAUUUCAUGGAGUACAAUGAUUGGUGGAUAUGUAGAGAAUGAACACCCACAUGUUGCUCUUGGUCUUUUCCAUAAGAUGAUUUCAAAUACAGGGAUUUUUCCCACCCGACCCAUUUUGCUUAGUGUGAUUCAAGCCUGUGCAGAUUUGGGUGAUUAUCAAGAGGGCAUAUGGAUAAAAAAUAAGUACUUGGUAAACGAGAAUGGAGAAUUAACAUCGGAAGUUUAUCUGAUCACUGCAUUUAUCUACAUGUGUGCAAGGUGUACAGAGAUAGAUACUGCAACGAAACUUCUUGAUGAAGUCGCAUCAGUUAGAGAAGAUGUUGUUGCUUGGAAUGCAGUUAUCAAAGCUGGUGUAGAGCGUAAACAGGAGAAUCGAGUGUUUGAGAUCACACGAAUAAUGCAAAGAAGAGGAAUCAGAUUUGAUGCUAAUGUCUUCCUUCUUGGAGCAAAUGAUAGAAGAUGCUAUUCUUCCAGUUCAGAAAAGGACAGAGGUAGUUUCAUUUAUAUUACUGAAUGUCUGCAAAUAUUUGAUUAUAUUUUAAAAUUUCACUUAAUUAUCUCUUCUUUGUUCUGCAAUAGGCAGGUUCUUUCACUGAAAAAUAUCUCUCCUAAAAAAAUGCCUUAGAAUACCUGAAUAUUGACAUGGGAUGAGCAUUUAAGCUUGCUCUACUUGCAUUUGGCUAUUCUGCUUCUGCCCAAAAUUUUCACCAUGUGGAUUUAGGGACCCAGGUUUCUACUGAGGCUUGUACAUUUAAUUAUGACCAGACUUUUUG